AUGUCAAACAAUAAAGUUCAAUUUGCUUUCACAGCCUUUAGCGCGACAGUAGCUACAGCAAUCGCGAUAUUUUCCUAUCAAUCAUUUCAAAGACAAGCGCGUACUCGAGCUCUUAAAAGGGAACUUUCUUCAUUACCACCUUCACAAAAGGUACUUCAGCCAAAAAAACGUAGUGUCGAGCAAUUAAGUGCUGUCACCGAACAGAGUCAAUUUGAUGAAACACUUAUAAAAGAACAAUUGGCUAGAAAUAUAGCCUUCCUUGGCGAAAAAGGAGUUGCAAAAUUACGAAAGUCUUUCAUCAUAAUUGUUGGAGCUGGUGGCGUUGGUUCUUGGGCUGCACUAAUGCUGGUUCGUUCUGGAGUUGAGCAUGUUAGAAUUAUAGACUUUGACCAAGUAACAUUGAGUAGCUUAAAUCGGCAUGCUGUUGCAACACACUCAGACGUUGGUAUUCCAAAAGUUGUUGCAUUACAAAAAAAUUUUAGGGAAUUUGCUCCUUGGGUAAAAGUUGAGCCAAUUAUUGAACUAUUCACUAAAGAAACUGUUCGACGCCGUCUUAAAAAAUUGGGUGUCGAAUCAGGGAUCAUGGUAGCAUACUCUACCGAAAAACCUAAUAUAAAAUUGCUGCCAUUAGGCACAAUUCCCGCUAUUUUCGGAAUGGCAAUUGCAACUUAUAUUAUCACUAGUGUUUCUGGGUAUCACGUAGAACCGUUGGCUAAUAAAAAUCGCGAACCAUUAUAUAACGUUCACGAUGUUGGAUAUGUCUAUGAUGAGAUAUUUCGUAGCAAAAGCGUAGUGUCCGGAUCAUGGGAGAAACCAGCACUUGUUAGAUGGAAAAACAAUGUUCCCUUAACACUACAGAAUUGUGUGGUAAUGACUAAGUCUGAGGCAGAUGCACACGAAAAUAUUGAUGACCCUGAAACACAUUAUCCAUCAGCAGUUGUAAAAUUAGUUCAUACCAGAUUUCAAGAAGAAAAAGAAAUAGCUUUAUUUC